GGUUUAUGUCUCUCUCCAAUGGAAUCUUUGAACAGUUCAGCCUUAAAAGCAGUGGAGGACUAUUGGGAGUACACACGGAUUGUGGGUGAUGACGAUGGAGGCCAAGUGUUUACACCCGAGCAAUAUGAAGAAUACAAGAGGAAAAUAAUCCCACAGCGAGUACAAAACAGGCUGUAUGUGAGCUUUGGUGUACCAGGAGGUAUCGACUGCAAGCUGAUUGGUCCGGAGACACAGUGCUUCUGUGCACAUAGAUACAAGCAGCACAAGACAGACUUUGAGGUGCUUCCCUCAGAGAGACCUCUGGUCCUGCCUUGCCGUGUCAGGGGAUGUCGUUGUCCUGCUUAUGAGUACGUCCCCCACAUUGGGACGGUGGCGGUUCGCUGCAGGUGUAAACAUUUACCUCAGGAUCACACCGAAGCUGCUGGGCAUCUGUGCAAAAAGUGCGACUGUUCUGGGUUCCAGAGCCCGUUCACAUGCGGGUGUGGCCAACCCAGCUUCAAUCACCACACCAUGGUGGAGACCAAGUCCGAGAGGGAGGCACGGGGUCGCCCGGUGGGCUGGGAUGUGCCUUAUGCUGCGAUGGGGGGUCUGACAGGGUUCAGUUCCUUGUCGGAUGGUUACCUUGCUCUGGGGGCUAAUGGGUCAUGUCCGGAGUCAGAUGACAGCUGCCAGCAGCGUUCCGCAUCAAAACAAGCAUCUCCUGAAGCUUCCAGCUCUGCAUGCAGUAAGAAGACCAAAUAAGUGUACGUCGACAGUAAUAAAGUAC